CUGCCCUGUACCCUCUACUAAAAUCUAAAGUUUUAUAAUGGACUACAUCUCCUUUAACUUCUUCCUGAUGUCCUUUUUUGGUCUUAAAUGGGUUUAUGGGAGUAAUCUGUGUACAUAUUUGACAGCACAUAUGAAGUACAAACACUCCUAACAAAGCAUUUUUGAGCUUUGAAUUAAUUUUGAUUCCAGGUAUCUGAUGUGUUAUCUGAAAACUAAACCAUGAAACUCCUCGUUAUCCUUCUGUUGGCUUUCUGUGCCAUAACGCAUGGAUGUCCCACCAUAUUAUCAAAGUCAGCAUGGGGAGGGAAGGCUGCCAAAUGUAGCAGCAAUCGUUUACCCGGACCAGUCAAAUUUGUGAUCAUCCACCACACUGCGGGGGAAUUUUGUUCCUCACAGUCUACAUGUUCUGCUCAAGCCAGGAUUGCCCAGAAACAUCACAUGGACAAUCAAGGCUGGUGUGACAUUGGAUACAACUUCCUAGUUGGGGAAGAUGGGCAAGUAUAUGAAGGACGUGGCUGGGGAAACGUUGGAGUUCAUGCUCCACCGUACAACUCAAUUUCCAUCAGAAUCAGCUUUAUUGGAACAUUCACUAACCGUGCUCCCAGUGCUAGUGCCCUAAAUGCUGCUCAAAGUCUGAUAAGGUGCGGGGUCUCGGGAGGUUAUAUCAGUUCAAGUUAUACUGUGAAGGGACAUCGCAAUGUAGGGAGCACAGAAUGCCCUGGAGCCAAAUUAUACGCAAUCAUUAAAAAAUGGAGCAAUUUUAAGGCUUAAAACUCAAGCAUUGUGCAAUGAAUUACAUUUUUUUGCUUUCUACAUGUCAUAAUCAGUGGAAUUUUUAAAGUUGCAUAUGCAAUUUCUUUCAUACUUGCCAUCAUUUUAUACUUGUUGACAUGCUGUAGGUAUGCUAUUUUUUGCUAAACAGCUCUGUGCAUGUGCAGAGACCUUCAAAGCAAUAACACAAGACAGAUCCUUACAGUGAGAUGCUCACACACAUGUAUGCUUUAGUUUUAAUGACAUCUCUCAAAAAAUGGUGACAUG